AUGACCCAAGACUUUCUAUGCCGUCGGCAGACCAUGCUGGCCAUCGCCCUAUCGUUGGGCUACUUCAUGUACCUGUUCAUGGGAGCGAUGAUGUUCCAGAUCCUGGAGAAACAAGCCGAGGCCAACUCGAGGGAUCAGUUCCAAAUGGCAAAGCUCCGGUUCUUGCAGAACUACACCUGCUUGGACGUGAGGGCCCUUGAGCAGUUUGUUCAGAUUAUAAUGGAAGCCUGGGAUAAGGGACUGAACCCCAAAGGGAACUCCACGAACCCCAGCAACUGGGACUUCAGCAAUUCAUUCUUUUUUGCUGGCACCGUCAUCACGACUAUAGGUUAUGGGAAUUUGUACCCCAGCACUGUCGCCGGACAAGUGUUCUGCGUCUUUUAUGCGUUGUUUGGGAUCCCACUCAACCUGGCCUUUCUAAACCUGAUCGGAAAAGGGCUGAAUUCCCAUCUCCUAGCGCUAGGCCGAUGUGCGCAGGAACCGGGAGGCUCAGGGGUGAUGAAGGUCGUGGUGAUGGCGGUUUUUCUCACCACGGGCUCCCUGCUCUUCCUGGUCUUCCCUCCGAUGAUCUUCAGCUACGUGGAAGGUUGGAGCUACGGAGAGGGCUUUUAUUUUGCCUUCAUCACCCUCAGCACCAUCGGAUUCGGAGACUACGUGCUGGGGACCGACCCCAACAAGCACUACAUCUCUAUCUACAGGAGCCUAGCGGCACUUUGGAUUAUUUUUGGCCUGGCCUGGCUGGCCCUGGUGUUUAAACUCGCCGCAGACCUGGUGGAGAAAUUAGUCCAUUUCAGGAUGCACCGGACCCAGACGACGAUAGAGGAGAACGCGGUCCGCAAGUCCGAGGACCACCCGUCUCAGAGCAGAAUCCCGAUGUAA